GAUAAUCAAUAGCCUGAUCAGAGGGUGAGAGACUAUGACAGCACGUUGAGAGAGCGGCCCUGUUAGCAUCAGCAGCUAGCUGUUAGCAUCCCCUCUCUCUGAUAGAGUCCGCACUACUAUGAAGCGAUCAGCUGUUUAUUGAUCCCUACUGAUCAGCCGGCGGGGUCUCCAUGGUAACCGCAGCAGUAGAUUGAGCUGCAGCUUAUUGACGUUACGGAUCGAUGCCGUAUAGCUACAGUUCCUCUGACGGCUGCUAGAGGCUCCUGAUCGAUCAGAUCGAUUCAUUAGUGAUCAGAUUAGAAGCUGCAGCUGUCAUCCAGGUGGAUGGCUACACCUGCUGGACAGACUCCGCCUACUGCUGCAGAUAAAACUUGUUUAGUUAACUAAACUAAAGCCGUUGGUUACCGGCUUCAAGGCUGGUGUCAGGACGUCAAAGCUCUGCUAUGAUUGGCUGGAGGUCCUCAGGAAGCUCGUGAACGUCUGCUUUGCCUCACCGACGCUGCAUGCUGCACCUGAACGCACCGCAUCCUCUUCCCCGGUACAAGUGAUGAAGGAAGCCCUCCGUCGGAUCAUUAGCACAUUGGCCAAUAAGAACGAAGAGCUGCAGCUCUUCCUGGAAUCGGUGGACGGCACGCUGUCAGGCCUGGAGGAAGAGUCAUGUAAGGUGAUGUCAGAGCUGGGGGCGGAGCUUGAGCAGCUAAGCUCCGCCCUGGAGGAGAGAGGAGCCCAGCUGCGUGACAUCAUCAAGGAGGAGAAGCAGAGGAAGGAGGCGGAGCUUAAGCGGCAGCAGGUGGAGGGAAAGUUCGCUCUUCUGUCCUGUGAGGAGCUGCUCGAGUUCGCAAACCAAACGCUGACCGUCACCAACGAAGAAGAGUUCCUGACGGCCGCCAAACAGAUCAAAGAGCGGGUAACAAUGGCUCCUGCGUUCCGGCUAACGACACGUCCAGUGGUGUCGGAAAACAUGUCCCAGUUUACCGUUGACUUCAGCAGUGAGAGGGCGGGGCUUCAGAGACUUCACUUCCUGCCAGUUCCCAGAGCUCCAGAGAUCGACGUCUCCAGCUGCGUCGUCCGUGACAACGCUGUGACCGUUGCCUGGCGACCCCUGGUGGAGUCGGAUGGCGGCGGACCGGUGGAACGCUACGAGCUGGAAUAUCGGAAAACAGAGCGCAACAGCGCGCUGAGAGCCCUAGGAGAGGCAUGCUGGGAAAAAAUCUGCGAUAUCAGAGAGACACAGGUCACCGUCUCAGAUCUGAAGUUUGAUUCGCAGUUCGUCAUCGUUCGAGUUCGAGCGAGAAACAAAGCGGCUGCUGGAGAGUUCUCUGAACCCGUCUCCCUGGAAACCAGAGCGUUUAACUUCGGCUUCGACGCCACAACCGCUCAUGCAGAGCUGAAGGUUCAUGGCGACAUGGUCACAUGGGAGCCACAGGGGGUCAAAGGUCACGACGCACGGCUCAGGGGAAAGGAGAGUAAGAGCAGCAGGAGCGCCACUCCGUCACCCAAUAAGACAGCAGGAAGUCGACCUGGACGCGAUCGAUUCGCCGGCGAAUCAUACACGGUGCUGGGCGACCAAGAAAUGAGUAGUGGUUGCCACUACUGGGAGCUCCGCCCCCUGGCUGACUGGAAGUCAUUCAGCGUAGGCGUGGCCUAUCGCGGCAGCCUUGGCCGCUUUGACCAAUUAGGAAAGAGCCCUGGUUCCUGGUGUCUGUACGCCAGCCAAUGGCUGCAGAGCUCUCUCGCUGCCAAGCACAACAACCGAGCAAAGGCGCUGGAUUGGCCGCUGCCGCAGCGAAUUGGAAUCUACUGCGACUACGACAACGGAGAUCUUUUCUUCGUCGACGUCGAUCGUCUUCGUCUUCUUCACUGUUUCAAAACAAGGUUUAUCCAUCCGCUCGUCCCUGCCUUCACUGUGUGGUGUGGUGGUAUCACCGUGACAACAGGAAGGCAGGUGCCGAGCUUCAUGGGGAACUUCCUGUCGGCCAGUCAGAACCUCAGUAGCGUGUCCCAGUAAAUGGAUGGUGAUUGGUCUGUUCUGAUCAAUCACUGAUUGAAGUCUUGUUAUAAAACUGUUUUUCUAUUGAUGAACUUGAUCUGAAUCCUGACAAUCAAUAACUUUGUCUUGUGUGUGUGCUAACACACAUCCGGCACAUAUGGCUGGUGGCUAUCAGCUGAGUGAUGACAUCACCACUGGUUUUUCCUCUGUUCCUUGCUAUCGCCACAUCGGACACCAACCAGCCAAUCAGGAUUGAGGCAGACACC